AUGAAUGAAUGCGGAUAUUGUUGUGUGAAAAUUGGCGAAGAGCCAGCUCUUUUAGCAAAUGGAAAAGUGGGUUGAUUUCAAAUAUUUUCAGAGAAAAAAACGAAGAAGGGUUUUUGUAGAUGUGGCAUAUUCAUCAUCUGAUGUGUGAUAUUUGCAAUUGUCGAAUUAAUGAUGGUGAGAGGUGUGUUCCUCAGAACGGAAUAAUCCUCUGCCAACAAUGCCACAUCAAAACCACUCGCCCGGUUUGCAAAGGUUGCGGCGAUUUUAUCACUUCGAAUCUUUGCGAAGCCUUGAAUUCCACGUGGCAUCCAACAUGUUUUCAGUGCUCGGUGUAAGUUUGAAUUUAGAUUUCGAGAUAGAUAGAUCCAACGAAUAUUUCAGAUGUCAAAAACCGCUGGAGCAAAACUUCUAUCAACUUCCGAAUAAGAUGUGCGUUCAUUCGGAUUGUUAUUGGCAACUUCAACUUCGCAUCGUUGUUUGUAAAGAUAUUAUUCCACAAUGA